AUGCAAGUUUUAAUUAAGAGAUAUCCAAUUACUAAAUAUCAUAUGAGAUUUAACAAUAUUAUAAUAAGAGCUUAAUCUGAAGAGACAAAGAAGUAAAAAGAGGAUAAAUAAUUGAAGUAUGAAAGAUGA